AUGGCGGCAGCGUCAUUCAGGUACUUAGUGCAGCUACACAAGGACGUCCCCAAAGCGGCGAGAUUCUACUCCGAGGGCUUGGGGUUCACCGUCAAUGUCUGCACUCUCCGGUGGGCCGAGCUUCAUUCCGGCCAGCUCAAACUUGCGCUCAUGCAUUCUCCCAGUGAAAAUGUUGAGCAAAAGGGUUAUUCAGCUCUGCUAUCGUUUACAGUUACUGACAUCAAUAGUACCGUGACAAAAUUGAUGACCUUGGGCGCAGAAUUGGAUGGGCCAAUUAAAUACGAAAUACACGGAAAGUUGGCGGCAAUGAAAUGUGCUGAUGGGCACGUGCUGGGACUUUACGAGCCCUCUUAG